AUGAGAUAUGCUGAAUUAAAUUAAUUUAACAUUAACAGCCCAAUUCUGUACUUAUUUACUAUAAAAUUUAGUCUUUAUUUUAACUAUUCCAAAUCUAAUCACCCCAAAAUUUAUAUUUGUUUAUACUCUUAUUUGCCCUCACAUGCUUGUCCUAUGCCAAGCCUCAGCUAAAAUUCAACGCAACCGGCCAAUUCAAAAUAAUGCAGCUCACCGACACUCAUUACGACUACUUUAACCAAGACAUCCCUCAAACCCUCAACAUGGUGACAAAUUUCCUGCAAUGGGAAAAGCCAGAUUUCGUCGCAUUUACAGGCGACCUUAUCACAGGCUACCUCUGGAACGGCACUGCAGACUGGUUUUACGACCGUUGGAGCCCUCACGCCGCUCUAUUAACCAAAUUUGGUGUCCCAUGGGGCUAUGCUUUAGGAAAUCAUGACGGUGAAGCAGACCUAGACCGUCGCCAAUGUGUAGAACUUGACAUGACAGCUCCUUUUUCCCUCUCCAAAACAGGCCCAGCCUAUAUGGGAAACUCUACAUUUUAUGUCCAAGUCUAUGAUAAAUUUGGCAAAAAACCUUUAUGGAAUUUAUGGUUUUUUGACACCGGCUCACAGGUCUGUUAUGGAAUCCCAGGCUGGGGCUGUUUAACCCAUGAAGCUGUCCAAUGGUAUAUAAGCAACGAAAAAGGCCUCCCUGGGCUUGCAUUUAUGCAUAUCCCUCUUGACGAAUAUUUGCAGAUGUACAAUUUACAAGCUACAGCUGGAUUUUAUGAAGAAAUUAUGGCCUGCAGCAGCUUAAAUACAGGCUUGUUUUCAGCUUUUAAGGCUAAAGGUAUGGUAAAAGGUGUCGGCUGUGGGCAUAAUCAUGAGAUUGAUUUAGAAGGGUAUUUUGCAGGGCUUUAUUUAGCCUUUGGCAGGAAAUCAGGGUAUGGCAGUUAUGGUCCUGCUCCUGAUAUGCAAAGAGGCGUCAGGAUGUGGGUGAUUAAUGAGGACUCAAGCUUUUAUACUUAUAUAAGGCAAGAAGAUGGGUCGAUUAUGCAAAGGACUAUAAAUGACUUAUCAAACCAUACAGCAAUACAAGACUAUUGCAUGUGGGCGCAGUACAAUCUUCCAAACUACCACAUCUUAUAA